UAGGGUUUUACGGGAUCUAUUUAAGUCGUCCCUACGGUUGUCGCUUGACGCGCCGACGCGAUGCUUCACUCCCUGGUCCGCCGCCAUGCGCUCCCUCCGUCGACGCAACUCCGUUGCGUCUUCUUCUCCACCGGCACAUCCGUCUCCUCCUCAGGCACUACCGCUUCUCCCGAUCCCCAUUUCAUGGUCGAGUACCUCGUGAAUACAUGCGGGUUCUCCGCCGACGACGCUUCCAAGGUCUCAAAGUCGCUCCCCUGCUUUCAGUCCACCGAGAAGCCCGAUGCUGUUCUUGGAUUCUUCAGAUCUCAUGGCCUUGAUGGUGCUAAUCUCAUAAAGAUAAUAUCUUGGAGGCCAGGAUUUCUCUGCGGGGAUGUGGAGAACAGUCUCGCUCCAAAGUUUAAAAUUUUGCGCGACAUGGGGUUAUCUGAGUCCGACAUCGCCAAUGCCGUUUUGCGGCACCCCUUCAUUCUCUACCUCGACGCCCAGAACGCGCUUCUCCCCAGAUUGAAGGCUUGGGAAUGUUUAUUUGGAUCGAAGGAGAUCCUCCUCAGGAAUCUCCGGGGCUAUAAUAGGUUUUUGAGCGCCAGCAUUGAGAAUGUGGUAUGCCCUAACUUGAACUUCUUACAGGAUGAAUGUGGUAUUCCUGAAGACCGGGUUUCUCGUGUCAUUAAAAGGCACCCCGGCUUCAUCGUGCAGAAUUCUGAAUCCCUCCGGGCUUUGAUAGAUAGAGCUGAGGGGCUUGGAGUUCCUCGAGGAUCUGGAAUGUUCCUCUGGAUUCUUGAUGUCCUGCAACAGGUGAGCACGGAAAAAUUUGAGGCCCAACUCAAGCUCAUGAACAAUUUUGGUUUGUCGAACUCAGAUUUCAUUUCUGCAAUCAAGAAAUUUCCACGCUUUUUACUCCUUUCCACAGAGUCAUUGCAGAGAAAGAUGGAAUUUUUGGUCAAUGUUGUUGGAAGUUCACCUUCAGACGUUGCUCUCCGCCCGGUACCUUUAGUGCUAUGUUUGGAAAAGAGAUUAAUUCCUCGAUUUCGUGUGAUGGAGAUAUUGAAAGCUAAAGGGUUAUGGAAAUCAACAAACAAGUUACAUGUAUUUUUCUCAUUAUCUGGUCCAAAAUUUUUGAAGCAGUAUGUGCUCCCUUAUGAAGAUAAAUUACCCAAACUGCGUGAAGUCUUGUGAGUUAUAGCUGGGUUCAAAGGGAAUAAUCCAAACUGCUAACGAAUGCAAGAUUUACAUAGGUUUGAUUUUUAUGACUGGAUAAGCAAUGAUAUUGAACCAAUUUUGUGCUAGUUUUCAUAUGGUUUACUUGCCGUAUUCAUAUUCUAGUCAUGAGGAUGUUAGGUUUUCUGAGUUCCAUUUUGCAAUCGGAUUGAGUUGAAAUGGAUUUCUUGUAGUACUUUAUCAGUUGAACUCCUUCCAAUGAGAAGAUAUUUGUCGUUUAGAAUCAUCAAAGGAGAAUGUUUUUCCCCCUUUGACAAGCAGAGUUGGAUUUAAGUCUGAAAACAAUACCCAUCUGCCAAGAUUACAGAGAAACCAUUUUUAAUUUUCAUAUUCUGUAUCAUACAUGGCGUUGUUACUGUAGACAUGAGAAUGUUAGUCUUUCUGAGUUCCAUUUUGAAACUCGAUUGAGUUAAAAAGGAUUUGUUGAGCAAGCAAAGUCAGAUGUAUGCUGCUGGGCUACACUACCCAUCUGCAAGGUCAUAGAGAACCCAAUUUCUUUCAAAUUAGUUGUAACAUCAAUCAUUUUAAUACUUUUGAAAGUCGAAGGAGCUUGAAGCCAUGUGAGUUGUAGCUGAGUUUGAAGGAAUAACCAACAGCUGAAGGGUUUAUUUGUGUAUGAGUUUCUUUUCGAUGAUAUUGAACCAUUCUUGCUCUAGUUUCUCAUAUAGUUUGCUUAUUACUUUCCUAGUUCGUCAAUUAUAAAGGUAACUGCUAAUGUAAACAUGAGGAUGCUAUAUUUAUACAAAAUUCCUUUUUUUACAA